AUGAUCCGCUGUGGUUUGAUGGCGUUACAGCUUCUGCCGGAUAAUGCCGUGACAGGGAUGAUUCUGUUUACCGACGGAGUGGUUGGCGUAACAAACGCGGCUGUCAUGCAGACGUUGCUGCAACAGCUGCGCAAGUGGGCAGUCGCUUGUAGCUUUGUGCAGAUUGACACUAACUCCGAUAAACACGGUGGAGCCUUUGGAAAAGUACCGAACCUGGAACUGAUGCAGUUCAUAGCUCAAGCUACAUCCGGCACUUUUAUUGACCAGCAUCCUCGCAUACAGGAAGGCGGCAGCAUCGACGCGAUGAACUUUUAUCAUCAGGCGAUCUUCUUAUAUGACUUCCGGUUUAAAAUGAAGGAGCUACACAGAAUAAGCGUUUCUGAAGUCCCCAGCGGCCUCGCGGAGACUGCUCUGCUCAGGCACACAUAUGGAAGUCGAGUUUUGAAAACCACCCUGUUUUCCGUGGUCUCGCUGCGUUUUAGCGAAGGUUAUAUGAUAAAGUCCGUUGCAAUAAACGAUGAGCAGAUACGGGUGGAUUUGAUUCUUCCAUGGAAAGACAUGGUCAGCUUUGAAUAUGCUGUAGUCGCGCGAUGGCCGUUAUCGAAAGAAGAGCAUUCGGUUACUGCCGAGGUGAUCGUCGAGGCGCCGUAUGAGUUCAUGGAAAAUAUCUUAUUUCCCAAAAUGAAAUUUUCGUCGAUUUUUCGCAGUAUCCUUGAACAAACAUUUUUCUCCAAUCUAGCAGACUUGAACGAGUCUGACAAGCUUCUGGCACACUUGGAUAGUUUCCAUCGCAGUUCGUUCUGCUCCGAGAUCCCUGAGCCGUUGAAGAAAGGCAUGGCGUUGUUCCAUAUGAUCUCUGGGUCUGACACACCGGUUCUAAGUUCUUCAGAACUACGUCAGAAAACAGAGCAGUUUUCGGUUUUCUGGAGACCAAUCUGCAACCUGGACAUGACUGUUUGGAGGCGGUGGCUGCACACGCAUAGGAUUACCCUCGUUUUGGCUCACGAUCUGCCACUGGCGAAUCUUCACGUUGCGGACAAUAACGGUAAAUUUGGAGUAGUCGUUUGUCGCCAAGCCGUUCUGGCGAUUGAAGACGCGUUACGCAGAUGGGCAACUUUCACUUUGAUCGACUGCCAUUCAUACAUCAAAUUCGAAUAUCGGACCAGCUGCAAGCCACCAUGCUUAGUGGUGCGACUAGCAUUUUUAAAUGAAGUGAGCGCUACGAUGCAGAGGCAGAGCAUAUUAAAGAUGAAAGAAAUCCUGCUUUCGCAACGCAUCCCGCUGCGUACCGUCACGUACGUAGAUGAGCAGUCCGACUGUGACCUGUUUGACACGAUACCGAAGCUGGACACGCAUGCUGAGCCGUUUUCUGCGUUUAACAGCAUUCCUGCAUGCUAUUUGAUCAACAAGCCAAUCGAGAAAAUUCUCAUCAGACACGAAUCGUUGCCCCAUAACCUUUCGCAGAUGUUUCAGUACGAAGAGGUGUCGAAAAACGCAUUAAACAGUGUCCUUAUUAGGUACCUCAAUUUCCGGCGCUGGUGUUGGUUGCUUGGCUCAAAUAUAUCGUGUUAUCCCGUUGGAUCUGAAGGUGCGUCGAACAUCUUGAAGAUUCUUGUUAGACGUCGACUUCACCGAGGUUUUCACUUUGCCUACAGUUCAAAUGGUAUGGUCACAAUGGUUAAGCAGUACGAACUACUAACCAACGAAAUGGGAAACGUUUCGAGUCUUGUUCAGUACGUAAUUUUCCCACCGAUAUUUCUGCGAGGUUCUAAAGACGUUACAAUAAGAAGCACCGCUGGCAACAGCAUGUGUUCCGAAUACGAUACGAGUGAGGUGGAGAGUUUCGAAAACGAACCAGACAUGCAGUUGGUAACCGAGGUAUGGCUUGAACCUUACGAGUGUCCGUUAGCCGACGAAUACGAUGCUAACAUCACCGUCGCCCAGUUGCUGGAUAAGGUUAGUGUUUAA